GUAUAUUACGGGGUGUUUGCUCACUCAGGUUUCUGAUUAUUAUAAGAAACGCAAACUUGUUGGUUGUUGCGAGGAAGAAACCCUAAAUCGCCAUGGAUAAUAAGGAGAGAUAUUCCAGGAGCAGCAGAGACGAUCGUGAUCGAGAUUCGAGUGCGGAUCGUUCGCCGGAACGUGAAGCCACACGCCGGCAUCAAGUCCGCGAUCGCGAUGGCGACUCGAGGCGUCGCGAUUCAGAUCGCUACCGGUCAUCAUCGAGGCGCUACGAUAGGGAGGAGGAUGAGAGAGAUAGGGCUCGGGACAGGGAAGAGAGUAGAGAUAGGGAUAAGCAUCACGAGAGGUCUAAGGAUAAGGAAGCGAGGAGCAAGAGGAAAGAGAGAGAGGAGGAGAGUUUGAAUAGGGAAGGGAAGAAGAAGAAAUCUAGGUUUGAGGAGGGUUCUAGGGCCAUGAACGGAGCUAGUGGCGUCGAGAUUGAGGGCGACGCUUCGUAUAAUUCUACUGUAUUGGAGACUUCUUUGGGCCCUAGUCAAACCGUGCUCACUAAGGUAUCUUCGAUAUCUACAAAGGAUGAAAAUAAGGGAGUUAGUAUUGUCAGGUCUCAUGAGGUUCAUGAAAAAUCUAGUACAGAUGGAGGAAGUAUAUCCUCAACAGCUGGGAAAAGUAGUGCAAGCUCGUCUCUUGAUGUGUUAGCGAGAGCUAAGAGAACCAUAGAGCGUGGAAAGGGAAUUGCGGAUAGGUUUAAGAAGCUUUCUUCGAUGAAACAGGGUACUAAGCCAACUUCAGAAGGUAGUCCACAUACCAGAGUGCAAUCAUCGACUACCACACCUGCUGUCUCUGCAGAAACAUCUUCUGCUUCAGCACUGCCACAUACUAUCUUCCCUGUUACUGAGUGUAUUUCCAAUAUUGAAGCUGUUAGGAAAGCUCAGGAGUUGGCAGCGAAGAUGGCAUUCCGUCAUGAUCCAAAGUUUUCUUCAGCUCUUAAUUAUUUCUCAGUACAGGCACCCACAGAGACAAUGGCUGUUGCACAGAAACCGGCCAAGCCCCCUGUAUUGCGUGUGGAUGCACUUGGAAGGGAGAUUGAUGAACAUGGGAAUGUGAUUAGUGUGACUAAACCAAGCAAUCUUAGUACAUUAAAGGUUAACAUCAACAAACAGAAGAAAGAUGCUUUUCAGAUUCUCAAACCCCAACUGGAAGUAAAUCCUGAGGGAAACCCCCAUUUUGAUCCAAGCAUGGGGAUUGAUAAAAACAAGAUUUUGAGACCUAAACGUAUGAGUUUUGAGUUUGUUGAGGAAGGCAAAUGGACUAGGGAUGCUGAGAGUCUUAAGUUAAAGUAUCAAUUUGGUGAAGCAAAAGCAAGAGAACUGAAGUUGAAGCAAGCCCAUCUGGCCAAGGCCAAGGAUGAUAUCAAUCCAAAUUUUAUAGAAGUAUCCGAACGUGCCCCGAGAAAACAGAAGCCCAAGGAAGUGAUAACAGAUGUUGAGUGGUGGGAUGCAAGUGUGCUCACCAGUGGCGUAUAUGGCGACAUAGCUGAUGGGACCAUUACCGAUAACGACCUGAAGAUAGCAAAACUCACACAUUACAUUGAGCAUCCCCGUCCCAUAGAGCCACCAGCUGAGGCAGCGCCUCCUCCACCUCAGCCUCUUAAACUGACAAAGAGGGAACAGAAGAAGCUGCGAACCCAGAGGCGUCUGGCAAAAGAGAAGGAGAAACAGGAGAUGAUCAGGCAAGGGUUGCUUGAACCACCAAAAGCAAAGGUCAAAAUGAGCAACCUGAUGAAGGUCCUUGGUUCUGAAGCAACGCAAGACCCAACCAAGCUUGAAAAGGAGAUCCGCACAGCAGCUGCCGAACGUGAGCAGGCUCACGUGGACAGGAACGCGGCAAGGAAGCUAACUCCUGCAGAGAAACGUGAGAAGAAAGAGAGGAAGCUCUUCGACGAUCCAACAACAACGCUGGAGACGAUAGUGUCGGUGUACAAGGUCAACAAGCUGUCGCAUCCCAAAACGAGAUUCAAGGUGGAGAUGAAUGCAAGACAGAACAGAUUGACAGGGUGUAGCGUGAUGACGGAUGACAUGAGUGUGAUUGUGGUGGAGGGUAAGAGUAAAGUGAUAAAGAGAUACGGGAAGGUUAUGUUGAAGCGGAUAAACUGGGAAGAAGCGGUGAAGAAGGAAGGAGAGGAAGAAGAUGAAGACGAAGACGAGAAUAGUGGAGACAACAACAAGUGCUGGUUGGUUUGGCAAGGAAGCGUUGCGAAACCGAGUUUUCACAGGUUUCAUGUACAAGAGUGCUUAACGGAAUCAGCUGCCAAGAAAGUUUUCGCUGAUGCUGGUGUCCCUCACUAUUGGGAUCUCGCUGUCAACUACACUGACGACUAGAUCAUUCCUCCACUUCGUGUUUUGUCAAUUGCUAUUAAUAUCUCUGGUACUGGCACUUCUUUUUUGUCAGUCGUCAUCAUCACCUUGAAAUUAACUAUUGAAAAUGUUUUAUGUUCUGCUUCUUGUCUUGGUGUUUUAUAUCCUUUUUCACGAGGUAAAUAAAUGAUGCAGAAUGCUUGAUCAGA